CUGUCAAACUGCUGUCACCUCCGGACAUAAAAAUGGUCUCGACGUAGUGCUGGGGCAGUCUGCUGGACUCGGCAUGGAAACAGCAGCCAUCAUGCAGGUGCAAACCAAGCACUACCCCAAGAACUGCCUGGUGACUGUCAUGGACCGGUACUCGGCCGUGGUGCGUAACAUGGAGCAGGUGGUGAUGAUCCCCAGCCUCCUGCGGGACAUGCAGUUUAAUGUGCACGGGCACCGGGCCCAGGAUGGGGCCCCUGAUCUCUACAACUACUUCACCAUGCUCAAGGCCAUCCGCAUGGAUGUGGACCACGGGCUGCUGCCCCGAGAGGAGUGGAGGUCCAAGGAGGCUGAGAAUGAAGCUGCAAAGACAGAGAAGGAUGAGGAGGAGAGGAUCUUGGGGCAGCUGGACCUGGAAGCCCAGUUCCACCUGCACUUUUCCAGCCUUCAUCACAUCCUCACCCACCUUACCCUGAAAGCUGAGGAGGUGACAAGGACAUACCAGGAGAUAACAGGAGAGGCCAAGUAGCCUCGGACUCUAGGGAAGAUCCCUUUAAGUGGCAGAGGGCAGACUCUGAUGAGGACACGGAACACUUCGCUAGCUCUGACGCAGACCAGAAAGGCCUGGACCUGCCGCUGGAAGCAAACAAAGGCGACUUGGCUCUCUGGGAUGCUUCUCUCACUCUGAGCACCAGCUUGUGGACUUGGCACCAGGUCACCUUUAGGAUGCCUGCUGUUAUUCACAGCUCCCCUCACCCUCUUAGCAGCUUGGGGUGGUGGCCAGUGCUUCAUGAGGGGCUAGGUAUUACCUGGCCAGUGUGGUAUGCCAGAAAGGACAUAGGUUUUAGCAUCUGACCCAACUGAAAUUCACAUCCUUUCUCUGGGCAUUUACCAUGUGAUCUUGGACGUUAAUUCAACUCACCGGAGCCUAAAUUUCCUCAUCUAUAAAAUGGGAUAGUAUUACCUCACAAGAUUGUUAUGGAAAUUAAAGAUGAUGAA